AUGGCUGUUGGUCCCCAGUGUAACAAAGCUGAGCAAUCUGUGAGUGGAAAGGCCCUCAAGGGUCACACCUAUAAAACAAAAAGGGUGCAAGACCCGUACGAAUGUCUGGUGUUUUGUAACAACGAAGUAGCAUGUCAGAGCUACAAUUAUGUCAUAACUGGUAAAAUAUGCGAGCUGAAUGACAGAACUAAUGAAGAGAAACCUGAUGAUUUUGUCCACGAUGGGACUAGGUUUUACGUGAGAAAGUGGAAAAACAGAGGUAGGCACAUAUCAGUACUUGAACCAAUUCGCGCACGCAGUUAUUUUAAAUGCCGAAGAAGGUACCGCAGCGUCACGCAAAGGGCCAUGCAAAUGGCAAUGAGUGUGUUAUGCUGUAUAUUUGAGGCAAUACAUCACGGAAUAGCUCUAGGUCCCUAAAAGGUGAGGGUGAUAGAUGUUCAAUAGCUCUAAGUCCUAAAAGGUGAAGGUGACUGAUGUACAAUAACUAUAGGUAUCUUCAGGUUACGUCACACAAUAGAUAUGUCUUAAUUGCUGAAAGGGGUUCAUCACCAAAAAAAAGGUGUAAAUCUGUACAGCAUUAAGAGGUUUGUCACCAAAGAGCUAUCAAUUUCUUCCUUCAAAUAUGUUGUCAGUGAUCUUUACCCAGUUGACAUAUAUCGUCAAAACUUUGAGAUGAUAUUCCGUAAAUUGAUAUCAUUUUCUUUCUUAUCGUCGCCGUGACUUGAAAUUAUACUGAUAUCGAGAGGAUAAAUCCAUUUGUUAUGACUCCUGGGAGAGAAAGUCGCGAGCUUUUAUAGGCAAGAUUUAUAGACUUCAGCUAUGUUUCCAUCUGAGAUUCGACUCGUCAAAACUUCGCAUUUUUUGUAUCUCUCAGCAGUUUGUGCCCCCGUAGGAGUAGAAGAUCCACAUAUAAUACCUGACGCCCACAUUACCGCAAGUUCUUAUUUUCUGAGUUAUUAUGCGCACAUGGGACGGCUGAAUGGAGUAAAAGGUUGGUGUCAGAAAACUACUACAAUCACCGAUGACUACAUACAAGUUGAUAUGGGAGCGUUGCACACUGUCUGCGCGAUCGCAACGCAAGGAAAGAAAAAUGGGUCAUUCGUCAAAAGCUACAAGCUGUCCUUCUCUUCUGAUGAAAGCAGCUGGAGUGUAUAUCAGGAACAAAACAUUGACAAGGUUUGAAAUAAUACUACUUUAAUCUUUUCUUGCCUGUUUUAUUUAUAAAUUUUUUUUAAAAUAGGUGUGCUAAUCGUCCUAAUAGGAUGA